AUGGCCACUAACGAUCCCGAUUCUCACUUGUUCGUCGAGAUCGAUCAGGGUCUGAAUCUUGGAGUGGAUCCUCCGAUUCCUCCAACGGGUGUGUUCCAUGAGGCAAAGUCGGAGAAGGACCUCGAUAAAUCGAUGGAGGUCUUUAACCUCAAGCGAGCCUAUCGAAACUUCUCUUCCGUUGAGGCGCAGCCUGAAGUCUGUCGGGCGAUACUCUGUGAAGAGGUUGCUUUAGGUCGCAUGAGGCGGCUCUCUCUUGCACAGGCUGCCUAUGCAUCCCAUCGGCUCUAUGCGAAGAUGGCCCUCAUACCUAAGGGCGACCACGAGUAUAGGUUGAUAGAGGACCACUCUCGGUCAGGCUUGAACGGUAUGUGCAAGCUCUCCGAGACGUGUUCGUUGCCGAGGGGCCAAGAUACCGCAGUGGUCUCUCUGCUUUAUGGGUGUUCACCGAGUAGCUCCUGCCAGUGUGGUCGGGAUCGGACGGCCAAGGGCCCCUAUGACUAUGUGUUUCUGAAGUUUGACAUCGCCUCGGCGUAUCGUCACUUGUUUCUCAAUAACGUAGACAGGGCAAGGACAUCGGUUCGACUUGAUCAAGAGGUUUACGAGAACCUGGCAUUGCCCUUCGGGGCGGGGACCUCUCCCUUCCACUGGUGCCGCACCAGCGCGGCGAUCAGUCGUAUAGUGGCCUCGCUGUUGAGGCACAUCCUCGGCCAGGUCAAGUUUCUCUCUUUCGUCUACGUUGACGACGGUCUGGUGGCGCUGACGCAGCCCUAUUACACAGUCGGAUCUAUCCUGACGCUACUGGUCUGGCGAUGCCUAAACUUCGAGAUAAACUGGCGUAAGUGCCAGUUCGGCGUUCGCGCCGUGAAGUUCAUAGGCUAUGAGGCGGUGUUGUUGCCAGGAGGCAAGGCGGAAGUUGGGGUUCACCCCGACAUAUUUUUGUCAAUUCGAGACAUCCUCCUCUCCUUCGCCGAUAAGGGGUAUAUGACGCCUGCUCCGCUGAAAAAAGUGCUGGGGAAGCUAGUAUUUGCCUCCCAAGGUAUGAGGCAUUUGAAGGGCUUCUUGCAGCCGCUGUAUGUCACUCUGAACGUAAUUGAAAAGAAACACCUACGUUCGAUCAAACUGGGACCCUCGUCGAAGACAUUCGGUUCGAUACUCUUCUGGCUCGGUAUAGCCGAGCAUCCGCGUUCUCGCAUGCCAAUGGGCUUACCCCAUCCUGCUGGAUCCCAUCUGGUAUUGGCGUCGGACGCGUCCACGGAGUUCAUGGGGGGUUGGGUAUCCGAUGGCGAUAGAGGGCUAUGGUUCCAACUGAAGGCUGACUCGGAGUCCCUAUGCGAAUGGGCCAAGCUGCUGGCCGAAGGCGACGAUGGUGUGCCAUCGCACAGGGACAUCGCUCUCUUGAAACUUAUUGCCUCUGUAAUCUCUCUGCAUCUGGCGGCCUCAAUAAAGGUCCAUUUAUGGGGCUAG